AUGCCAGACGGGUCUUUUCAGCUGUAUGACCUGCGCGUCGAGGUCGUGUGCCCCCCGGAAAAACGCAUUCUCUGCGGCGCCAAAGAAGGCGACUAUUUCACGCUGCAGGGCGAGAUGCUGCAUCUGCCGCCGAACCAGGGGAUUAGCAUUUACAGCUUGGCUUCGGUUAUCGCCCUUCUCCCGGCAAAACAGCGCGUCACUCAUGCAAAUGACUGGAUGACGACUGAUGCGCUGAUAGCAUGUCCGGAUCCAAACUGUCCGUCUGCGCUGAAAAUUAUUCGAGAGGGUUUGAGGACAUUCAGCCAUGAUGAGACGACGGUUGUGCCGUUGAAUUCGUCUUGA